AUGGUGGGGAAGAUGCAGCCUGUGCUGUGCACGCUCUGGGCCGUCUGGGCGACUGUCAAUGCCAUCUCUGUGGAAACCCCACAGGAUGUUCUUCGGGCUGCCCGGGGAAAGAGUGUUACCCUUCCAUGCACCUACCACACAUCUGCCUCCGACCGAAAUGGAUUUAUCCAAUGGGACAAGCUUCUAAGGAGUCACUCGGAAAGGGUGCUCACCUGGCAAUUUUCGUUGAAAAGCUACAUCUAUGGGGACCUUUACAAGAACCGCGUCAACAUAUCGAGCAAUGCUGAGCAAUCAGAUGCCUCCAUCACUGUUGACCAGCUGACCAUGGAUGACAACGGCACGUACGAGUGCUCAGUCUCCCUGAUGUCAGACCUGGCGGGAACCUCUAAGUCACGCGUCCGGCUCUUGGUCCUCGUGCUACCCUCCAAGCCAGACUGCGGCAUCAAGGGGGAGGCCGUGAUCGGGAAUGACAUCCAGCUGACCUGCCAGUCGAAGGAGGGCUCUCCGGCCCCUCAGUACAGAUGGAAGGGCUACGACGUCCUGAACCAGGAGCGGCCAACCCCAGCAGUCACAGGCCAGACCUUGUCUCUGAAGAACAUCUCCACAGAUAUGUCGGGUUAUUACAUCUGCACCUCCAGCAAUGAGGUGGGGACCGCGUCCUGUAACAUCACCGUGGCUGUCAGACCUCCCUCCAUGAACGUGGCCUUGUAUGCGGGCAUUGCGGGCGGCCUGAUUGCAGCCAUCAUCAUCCUUGGCAUUGUCGUCUACUGUUGCUGCUGCCGCCAGCAGGAGGACGAGCCUGAGGACAUGGAGCCGAAUCGGGCGGCCUACCAGAAGGCUCCAAAGCAGGUGAAAGAGCUUCAGACAGAGCAGGACGAGGAGGGUGACUAGGGGCAAGAAGACCAGAAGAGCGCUGGGCGGGAGUCCCCCUGCCACGCUGACUGGUGA